AUGGCGACGACGUACACCCAGCACCACCUAACGCUCCCCUCCCUCGGUCGUGGCUCGCACCUUAUCACCGACCAUAUCGUAUCUUCGCUACCCCAGAUAUCGGGUAUUAAAUGCGGGCUACUGCACCUGUUCCUACAACACACGAGCUGCGCGCUGUCAAUGAAUGAGAAUUGGGAUGAUGAUGUGAGGGCGGACAUGAGUGAUGCUUUGGACGGGAUGGUGAAAGAAGAUAAAGGUGCGCUGGAAAAACGAGUAGCGUGGAAGGAGGAGCGCUUUACGUGGGGGCAUCAGAGCACAUAUCAAGUCGUCUCUGAUAGGCGCGAGCGUGAGCGUACCAAUAUCAAAUGGAAAACUCGCCACAGGGACCUGGCAGGGCAUCUGGUUUCUGGAAUUUCGGAAUAUGAAGCAGAAGAGGAAGGUCCUGGCUACGAUACAAGGGGAGAAGAUGUGAGAGAUCUACGGCAUGAGACACGAAAGAAGAGUAAUAAAGAUAAGGCAACAAGGAAUCAGGCAUGA